AUCGUAAGGCGCUCCGAUAUAGUCUCCUCGACGGAUAUCUGGCUAGCAGGCGACUUUCCCUACUUUGCUUCGGGAAUUCUUCAAGGACUUCGUGCUGUUCCAACGCGACCCAAAGUACUUUUACAGAACCAGCGAUAGCUCAACCAGGGCGUCGGCGCUUCUGAAAUCUUCUCAGUUCCAACGCGGCAUACGUUCCUCUUACGCAACCAUGUUGCUUUUGCUUCCGCUACUUCUCUCUGUUUCCUUGGUCACCGCAGCGCCGCGUCAUCUCCGUCUUCGUGAUUCGGCCAAGAGUCACACAGCAACCACGACUACCACCAUUCUAGACACAGUCUAUGGGGCUGCGGACAUACUGCAGCCCACUGGAGCCCCACCAUCGAUAGAAAAUGAUGCGAAGAUUCUACCGGAAAGCGACAAAUCAUACAGCAAAAAAAGUGGCGAUACCACGCUACAACGCAUGUCCUCGAGCGACGUUUCAGCGAUCUACAAGACUUGCUGGAACGGCCAACUUCAGUGGCCUCUACCCGGUAUGCCCAACCCUUGUCUCGACGUGGUAGCUGCGCAACUCAACAUCUUUCCCCUUCCCAUCACAAAGCCAGACACCUUGACAGUCCACAACUACUGCUCCUACAAUAUAUACUUCAACCACUUCCAGGGCGCAAACAUGUUGGAGAGCGGCAACAUUGCUGCAGGAGCAAAGAUCGAUCGACCUCUCUUCGGUUCGGUUCUGAAAGUCUCCAAGACGCCGGAUAUGGCAAAGGACGUGCUCGUCGAGUACGCAGUUGCCGACGGUAGACUGUACUACGACCUCAGUCUGAUCACCUGCCUGGGAAGAACGAACGGGGUGGAGAAUGGGGAUACUAGUGCUUGUGCGGGACAUGAGGCUGGCUUGCAGCUGGGAAACUCAAAGUCAAAGAGCUUCCAGUGCGCUGCUGGGGCUUGGUGUGACGAUCAGGCGUAUCUGUAUCAGGAGAACCUUUGCAAGAAGCAAAAUCCUGUUUGGUCGUGCAAUCAGAGCGACGGGCUCACUAUGGAGUUCUGUGCUAGUCAGAGGCGGUGAAUCUGUGUUGGAUGAGGCAGCGGAGGUCGUCGACGAGUCGCUGCUUUAUACCAUCUAUUUUUGACAGGCGAUCUAUUCAUCGUUCAAGUUGCGAGGGAGAUUGACAUUCAAAUGUAUAUUUGCCUAUAUGAUUGUUAUGAUUUUCUCAGUACAUAGAGCAGAAAUG